GAUAAAGAUACCGCACAGAAAUUUUUCGCCGUCCGCUCGCCGCGGGAGCUAGUACAGAAUUGGGCUUCCGCUUUCACUAUUACUAAAGCUCAUUGCAAAACUCCCAAGAAGCUCAUUCCACCGCCCGGAAGCACUUAUCUUCUCAAAAGGCUCGCACUCUCGCUGGGAAAUCCUCCUUUCUUGCGGAAAGCUUUCACGCCAAAGGCUGUUGCGACAAUGGCGUCGAUCCAUGCUGCCUCCGUGUCGCUCGCUCCGCUUGCUGGCCUCAGGAACCCAUUGGAUCGCCAUCCCCGAUGCAAGCCAUCCCUCUCAAGCUUCUCUUCCGCCUUUGCCGGCCGCCUCCUCUCCGCCGCGCCCUCUGCGCCGCGCGGCGCUAGCCCCCCGUCAAGGCCGACUGCCCUCCGCGCCUCCGCCAGCAGCAGCGGGACAGGCGGCGCCGAUCGCGGCGCAUCAGGCGGCGGCGGCGCGUCGGUGCUAAAAGACGCGCUGACGAUCUUCGGGCCGAAAAAAGCGGCGGCGGAGGGGAGCCCGCAGGCGCGGAAAGGGGAAGCCGCCACGACGGGAGUGACGGCGGGAGCAAAGGCGGGAGUUGCGGCGGGAAUUGCGGCGGAAGGGGUGCCGUUCGAUCUGCGGCUGGCUGUGCUGCUGGGAGGAUUCGCGUUUGAGGCGUACUCGACUCCCACUGGAAGCGACAAGCUAUCAGACGUGGACGGCAGGCAGUGCUCUGCUCUCUUCACCUCCACGCCCUUUGCUCACGAGCUCUUCCAGGGGGUGGUGACUGUGCGGGGGCUCAAGGCCACGGGGAGCAUCAAGGCACGCCAUGCUGAGCUGGCGCUGGUGACUACAGCAGGGAAGGCAGCCUCGUGGAAUGGCGUCACUCGCACCACCAAGGCUAAAAACCCGAGCCAGCCAUCGUGGGACGAGCAGCUGCAGCUGCUGGUGCCUCGUAGUGCCAUACCUGACACUAAUCUUCAGAUCACCUUGCACAGCAGGGAUGACACUGACGAUGAUGAUGAGGAGGAGGACGACUGUGUGGUUGGCACGGCCACCAUUGCCCUCAGUGACUUGAUCAAAGACACCCGGAUUCGGGAAGUGGUAGGCAAGGUGACUCGAGACAGCAGGCAGACAGGCAGUGUGGCCAUGGAGGUGGACUAUGUGAGCUUCUCAGGCCCAAGCGAAAGCUUCGAGCCCCUUCCCAUUCUCCAGAGGGUUCUCAGCACCCCGCUUCCCAAAUCGGCCUUCUCACCCGCUCCCAUUCUGUCUCGAGGCAACACCACGAAGAACAACGCUAAGGCUGCUGCCACUGCCACUACAGCAGCACCAGCAGCAGCAUCAGCAGCAGCCACAGAGGCGGAGGCGAAAGCAGAGGCGGAAGCAGCAGCCUACGGACUCUCGCUCCUCGACCAGCGGGCAGUUGAAGCUCUUUUUGCUCCGGGAGCCAAUGCCGCGACGCUCGCUGCCUGGGAAAACCUUUCCCGGGCAGCUGCGGGCGAGCAGCCGGAGUUUUUCAAGUCGGCGUUUGAAAGCGUGUGUUUCCUGAGCAGCGGGGAGACGGACACUCAGGUGGGCGUGUGGAGGGAUGCAAAUCCGAGGAGAAAGCGGGUGGUGGUGGCGUUCCGAGGGACCGAGGUGGUCAACACUGACAUGCUGAAAGACGGACAGGCAGGACAGAAGUUUAAGGACGCGCUGACUGACCUGAGGUUACACAAGGAGAACUUUGACUCGGACUUGACUGACAGUGAUGAUAGGAUGGACAUCAAGGUGCACGACGGCUUUCUGGACGGCUACAAGUCCGUCAAGCCUCGGCUCAUUCUGCUGCUCAAAGCGAUCCUCAGCGCUUCCAAGGAAAAGUACCAAGUAAUGGUCACGGGCCACAGUCUUGGGGGUGCCCUGUCUACGCUCUUCACAUACGACCUGGCCCAGUCUGACCUGAAGAAGCAAUAUAACUUUAAUCUCUCACUCUACAACUUUGGCUCUCCCCGUGUGGGAAACCAUGCCUUUGCUGCUCGCUUCAACCAGCUGGUGGGGGACAGCUGGCGCAUUGCAAACGACCUGGACAUAGUGCCGCGCGUGCCAUACGUUUUCUACAAGCACGUGGCCACAGGAGUGGUGCUUAGACCUGACUCCCAGAAGCUAGAAAAGGACGCUCUCCUUAAGAAGCGACUUGAUUCCAUCACAACAGUUAGCCUUCUGAGCGAGCAGCCCAAGCUGCUGUUUGACGGUGCCGGGCCCCGCAUGCACAGCCAGCCGGCAUACUUCCUAUCCCUGCUCAAGCAAGUGCGCUUCAGCCAGAGCAAGAAAUGACUGCAUGUAUGACACCCUUGGCAUACGAUGCUAUUUGUUAGGGUGCUUGGCUUGGUCCUAUAGUGGAUUGUAUGACAGUUAAGGCUCGCUUGAAUGAGGCACUAUGACACUCAUACAUAAUGUAUUGUGCUACAAUCUGUCUCCAACAAAAUGUGCGUCAUCCA